AUGAGCUCCAUCAGCCUGCGGAGCCUUGCUCCCGCCUCCAAGGUCUCCCGUGUCUUGAGGGAUCAGAGACGUCUCUUCUCCUCCUCGCGCCCCGCUGCCCGGAUCUUUGGCAACGGACCUCUGCGCGCCAAGGAGAACACCAGCUACCUCGCCGAGAAGUACCCGAUCAUUGAUCACGAGUACGAUGCCGUCGUUGUCGGUGCCGGUGGUGCCGGUCUGCGUGCUGCCUUCGGUCUUGCCGAGGCUGGCUUCAAGACUGCCUGUGUCUCCAAGCUGUUCCCUACCAGAAGUCACACUGUCGCUGCCCAGGGUGGUAUCAACGCUGCUCUCGGAAACAUGCACGAGGAUGACUGGAGAUGGCACAUGUACGAUACCGUGAAGGGUUCGGAUUGGCUCGGUGACCAGGAUGCGAUUCACUACAUGACCCGCGAGGCUCCCGCCUCCGUCCGCGAGCUGGAGGGCUACGGCUGCCCCUUCUCUCGUACCGAGGAUGGCCGUAUCUACCAGCGUGCCUUCGGUGGUCAAUCCAAGGACUUCGGUAAGGGUGGCCAGGCCUACCGUUGCUGCGCUGCCGCUGACCGUACCGGUCACGCCCUGCUGCACACUCUCUACGGACAGUCUCUGCGCCACAACACCAACUACUUCAUCGAGUACUUCGCCCUCGAUCUCCUGAUGGAGGACGGCGAGUGCCGCGGUAUCAUCGCCUACAACCAGGAGGACGGUACACUGCACCGCUUCAAGGCCCACCAGACCGUUCUGGCCACUGGUGGAUACGGACGUGCCUACUUCUCCUGCACCUCCGCCCACACUUGCACUGGUGACGGUAUGGCCAUGGCUGCCCGUGCUGGUCUGCCCAACCAGGAUCUGGAGUUCGUCCAGUUCCACCCCACUGGUAUCUACGGUGCUGGCUGCCUGAUCACUGAGGGUUCCCGUGGUGAGGGUGGUUACCUGCUCAACUCCGAGGGUGAGCGUUUCAUGGAGCGUUACGCUCCUACCGCCAAGGAUCUGGCUUCCCGUGACGUCGUGUCUCGUUCCAUGACCCUUGAGAUCCGUGAGGGCCGUGGUGUCGGUCCCGAGAAGGACCAUAUCUACCUGCAGCUGAGCCACUUGCCCGCCGAGCUGCUCCACGAGCGUCUGCCCGGUAUCUCUGAGACUGCCUCCAUUUUCGCCGGUGUCGAUGUCACCAAGCAGCCCAUCCCCGUCCUGCCCACCGUCCACUACAACAUGGGUGGUAUCCCCACCAACUACACCGGUGAGGUCUUGACUGUUGAUGAGCAGGGUAAGGACAAGGUUGUCCCUGGUCUGUUCGCUUGCGGUGAGGCCGCUUCCGUCUCCGUCCACGGUGCCAACCGUCUGGGUGCCAACUCUCUGCUUGAUCUGAUCGUCUUCGGUCGUGCCGUUUCCCACCGUGUCCGCGACAUCUCCACCCCUGGCAAGCCCCACAAGGAGCUGUCCUCCGACGCCGGUGCCCAGUCCAUCAAGGAUCUGGACUUUGUCCGCAACGCCGAUGGCCCCAAGUCCACCAACGAUAUCCGCCUGGCCAUGCAGAAGGCCAUGCAGAGCGAUGUCUCUGUCUUCCGUACCCAGGAAUCCCUGGAUGAUGGUGUCAAGCGUGUCAACGAGAUUGACACCUGGUACGACCAGGUCGGCACCAAGGACCGCUCCAUGAUCUGGAACACCGACCUUGUUGAGACCCUCGAGCUCCGUAACUUGCUGACUUGCGCUACCCAAACCGCCCUGGCCGCCUCCAACCGUAAGGAGUCUCGUGGUGCUCACGCCCGUGAGGACUUCCCCGACCGUGAUGACGAGAACUGGAUGAAGCACACUCUCACAUGGCAGAAGAAGCCCCACGGUGAUGUCGAGCUUGGCUACCGUGCUGUUGAGUCUGGUACUCUGGAUGAGAACGAGUGCAAGUCCGUUCCUCCCUUCAAGCGUACCUACUAA